AUGCUGAGAGGAGAGAAAGUGGACGAUGAUGUAUCACUCUUGGCUCGUGUCUAUGCCACAAUCGUUUCUCAUGAUGGCCGAGCCAUUACCAUUGAUGGCCAUCGCCGAGUUCUCCUUUCUGGUUCAAUCCAUUAUCCUAGAAGCACUCCUGAGAUGUGGCCGAAUCUUAUAAAAAAAGGUAAAGAAGGAGGUCUUGAUGCGAUCGAAACAUAUGUCUUCUGGAAUGCGCAUGAGCCUACUCGCCGUCAAUAUGACUUUUCUGGAAAGUUAGAUCUUAUACGAUUCCUGAAAACCAUUCAAGAUGAAGGAUUGUAUGGUGUUCUUCGCAUAGGACCGUAUGCAUGUGCUGAGUGGAAUUAUGGAGGAUUCCCAGUGUGGCUGCGCAACAUGCCUGGAAUGGUGUUUAGAACUACAAAUAAAGCAUUUAUGGAUGAGAUGCAAAACUUCACAACUAUGAUAGUAGACAUGGUCAAGAAAGAAAAUUUAUUUGCAUCACAAGGAGGCCCAAUAAUUCUUGCUCAGAUAGAAAAUGAGUAUGGAAAUGUAAUGGGACCCUAUGGAGAAUCAGGUAAAGAAUACAUUAAGUGGUGUGCAAACAUGGCUCAGUCUCUUGAUGUUGGUGUUCCAUGGAUAAUGUGUCAACGAAAUGAUGCUCCUCGGCCUAUGGUAAUAAAAUCAAUGUAGUUAUAAUGAAUAACUAGAUUUUGACCCGCGCUUUCAAAGCGCGGGUUUAUUUUUGUUUUUUUUUUCAAUUGACAAAUAUUUAGUAAAUGUCACAUUUUGAUAUAUUUGUGUUUUAUUUUAUAAAAGACUUAAAAAUUUUAUUUUUAUUUAUCGUAUUUCAUUUUAAAUGACUAUUUAUGUUAAAAAAAUUAAACUUUAUUUUUUUUAAUGAAU